GAACUACAAAAACGAAUACCGAACGAAGCACACGACAGCAACGCACACGACAGCAAAGCACAGACAGACGGGCAGACGGACAGUUGGACGGACGGACAGACACACGGACAGACACACACACACAGACUCGGACACCCGGACACACACACGGACAGACACUCGGAAACGCAGACGGACCAGCUCGAGAUAUACAUAUACACACCUAUAUAUCAAACAAAUAACUCGACCCCCACCCAAACUGACCAUCUCCGCGGUGAAAGGAAAGCACAAAGAGGAAAAGAUGCCGUCUCGAAAUUUGCCGCUCACGCCCACUUCCAUCCCCGUCGAGCUCCUCCUCCAAAUCGCCGACAACCUCUGCCCCGAGGACGUCCACUCUCUUUGUCGCGCAACCAUAGGCCUCUCCGAUACCCUCGAAGACUAUUUCUACCAGCGUCUCCUCAACGACUACUCCCAAUCUCAAGGCCUCGCGCUCACCUGGGCCUGCGCGGAAGGGCACGCCGGCGUGGUCCGCUUCCUCCUCAACCACGCGGACAGCACGAUUGAACACCCGAUCCCGCUCCCGGACGACCUGAUCUCAUAUCACGGUCCCGAAGCAGGGAACCCUCUCAUCGUCACCGUCCGCGCAGACCGGGGAUGCAUCAUUCGAAUCUUUCGCUGGAACGUCUACACGAGGAAGGUGGGCACCCGGCCCGACGAACCACUAGACUCCCGCGAGCGGGCACGUCGCGUGGAAAUCGUCCAACUCCUCCUCGUCCGCGGCGUCAACUUCGACGGCGUCGACGACAACCAGAAGUCCGCACUCCACUACUGCAGCCAGUACGGCGAGAGCGAGCUAUGUUACCUCCUCCUAAUGUGCGGCGCAAAGGCCUCGGCCUUCGACUACGGCCACCUCACACCACUCCACCUCGCCGUCACCUGUAAUCGCAGCGAGACGCUGAGGGUCCUCCUCGGCUUCGAGAGCGUCCGGCGGACCAUCGACAUGGGCACCGAGGACGACGAUACGGCACUCAUCCUCGCCGCUGAGGCGGGGUACAUCGAGAUCGUGACUAUGCUCCUCGAGCACGGCGCCAACUUCAACCUUCGUAACUUUACGGGUGACAGUCCGCUUUCCCUUGCCGAGUUGAAUGGCAAUCACCAAAUCGUCGGUGCCUUACGCAGCUUUGGCGCCAGGCAUGAUAAUGAGCUCAUGACGGUCAAGGAGUUAGUGGAGGAGGAGGAUCAUCAGGGUGGGAAGCUCGGUGAUGUCUUUGUCCCGGCUCCAUAUCAAACCAUCGGAAGCAAUGGUGCCGGGGGAGAGGGAGAAUAGUCGCGAGUUCGAGGUCGGGUUGACGGCGAUCAUGUGACACCCGUCCCAAGCGCCAUCACUCGAUACCUAGCCCACCGAGGGU